UGUAUUUGGUAGAUGCAGAAAGCAGUCGAGUUUCUCGAAGAGAACGAUCUGUCUCGGUGUUGGCAAAGGUGCCCUUUGUAUUUGCUGUCCAGCGAGUGAAAUAGCAUUUUAGAAGCCUGGAGUUGGUGCCGUGGCGUCAAUAAGUGCCUGUAGAGGUUGAGGAGCGUCAUGCGUGGCUAUUUUCUCUGAGAUCGGCUGUUGAUGAUGCUCCAUGGACGGAAGAUGCUGCUGCUGUGAGGCGGUGCGGUGGAGGCUGCCGAGUUUCGUCCAUUGAGACCAAUGCUGUAAUUACUUCUUGGGAGGGGCGUGAUCGAUAAAAACAAAUUUGGGAAGAGUUGAUUUCGAGAAGAGGGUUGGGGGUUUAGGGGAGGAGGAUGCCGAAUCAGCAUCGGGGUAGUGGUGGCGCGCGCGGAGGACAUGACGAGGAGCGUCUACAGCAACUUAUUGGCCGAAUGCGCACCGCAUUACAGCUGGGUUUGCGGCCUUCGUCAAGGAAGGAUGGAGAAUUGAAGUGGGGAAACACAGAUGCUCAGGUUCAGGGGCAGGCUGUUCGUGCAAUUGCAGCUUUUGUGGCAGUAAUACCACCCCGUUCCUUCUCCUCGUCACAGUUACAGGUACAUUUAGAAGAAGCCGUGGCAGCUCUGGAGUAUCUGCUAUCAGUCGAACAUAACACUAUCUACAGGCAGGCUGCUGUGGUAAGUGCAGGGUUGGGAAGAGCAACAAAUGGCCGUUACAUGUUACGGCUGCUAUCACCUUUAUCAUGUCUAUUGGCACCUGCUAAAGCAACGGAAGCUGUAGUAUCUGCCGCUACAGCAAUACAGAGUAUCCUUGCGACAGUUCGACCUCAAAUCUCAUUUGAUGGUACCAUGGGUGACGAUCCAGUUUGGAGAGUCUUAGAGGAUUCAGACGCCUUGAAGCAUAUUUUAAGGCGUCUAGAAGAUCCUGUUGCAACAACAUCUGAAAUCGCGGAGUGCACCGAGGUCUUGGCGAUGAUUUUGGAGCGUUGGUCAGGAGCAAGAUAUAGAGUAGGUCAGGUUGGGGCAGUCAGAUCUUCAUUACUCAAUCACUGCAUGAGCAGCGACGGGGAAGUUGCGGUGGCCAGUUUGCAAGCAUGCCAAGCCUUAGCGUUAUGUGCAGGUGUUGCAGUUUUGUUCUUGCAGGGUGGGGAUCUUUUGUGGGAGACGCUUGCGCAUUGUUUAUAUCAGUCCAGGCCUUUGCUUGUAAAUCGAGAGGCCUUACGAUUACUUUCGCUGCUUGGUAGGUUGUCAUCUUUUACUACAUUUUUCAAGGGGCCGCAUAUUCAAGUCAUCCUGGAGAGUUGUAUAAGGAAUAUCAACGAAGGGAACAGGUGGCGACUAACAGUGGUAGAACAAGGGGUAGUGGUUGAAGCAGCACACACUACUAGUGUAAUCCUGCGCUGGGCUGGCGAGCAUCAUAAUAUCGUGUUAGGAUUGGGAAUAUUUAAAGCCAUAUUCUUACAAUUGACAGUGGUAGAGACAAAGUCAGCCACAAAUGCCAAAUUUUGGGAUGGUACUCCUGAGAAAGUUGAUGUUGAAUGGAAGUCUCGUGGGCCCGGAAAGGUGACUUCUUCAUUACGCUCUCUAUUAUGGGAAAUCAUUGGCUGUUUGGCUGCCCACUCCAACUCCAUGACUACAAAGGAAGUGCUUUCAGGAAGACUACCUGCAGGACCGGGUCUUGGCGGAAUCACUGUGUUUGCAUGUGCAACACUGCUCCGAGCUUUACAUAGAAGUGGAGAUCACACACCAGUGACGACCGUGCCUGAAUCUGGUAGCGGAGAGCAGCGUAUCAGUAGUCAAGAGUUACUACAAAUCUGCAAAACAAUGUAUCUUCUCCUUUCGUCGAUUUCCCAGGAUGUCUCUGCACCAACCAAGGCGUGCAUGGAGAUUGCCAUGAAGUUUCAUGAUCAGACAUGGCUGGCCCGUCUGGUUGAAUCUUUAGCCUUUGGCCACACAGGUCCAUCCCAAGUGAAGCCUGAGGCUGUGCAGACAGCUACGAACCUCUUUGCUCUGGCGUGCUUUACGUUCUUCCCUGAGUGUCGGGAGUUGCUUCCGCAGGAAAGGACCUUGGAUGUUCUUAUGGCAAUUGUCAAAUUAUAUGGUAAUAAAGCGUUAGCAAAGAAGCAGCAGGCAUCUUCUUGCAGUACAAAGUGGAGUUUAGUUCAUCAAAGGGCUGGAAUAGCUGCAAAAACUUGCUGUGAGGAGAUAACAGAGGAUUGGGAAGGUGCUGAUACUGUUCUCUUUGCUUCCUUAUGUGCUUUUACAAAACUGAUGCAAGGGUCGUAUCGAGCAAGAGUAAUAGCCAAAAGCUUGCCAAGGGGGAGGCUCUCUGAAGCUAACUGUGCUGAGGCCCUGUAUGGCGAUACUGUCGGCUUGCUAUGGAAACUAGCAGAAAGUACUAAUGUGGCGACAGGUGUACGGUGGUGGGCUGCUGGUGGCUUAGCUUGCUUCAACAUUUACGGAUUUCCAAGCCUUCUGGGCAGGGACAUAUGUAAAAUAUUGGACGAAUCCAUGUUUCCUGACAUUAUCUUUCUUUUUAAAGAUGGAAGGCGCCUGCUUGCGCAUGGCGUUAUUUUGACAAUUCAAUGCCCCUCUGUGUUACCAAAAGGAUUAAUUCUUAAAGAAAAGAAAGUAGUUGGGGAUUAUGUUGGACACGAAAUACAACUUUCAAAAAUGGUAUCUUUUAAUUCUUUCAAGGCCCUCCUGGAAUAUGUGUAUUCUGGAGUAGUGCACCUCAACUUGGAGGAAGUUGAUGAAAUGAAGGUGCUCUCUAGAGGGUGUGGGUUGGACACUUUAACAAACUUACUCCAUGGUAGAGCUCCAGUGUGGGGCCAGCCUCCAGCCUCGUGUAAUCUAGCUUCAGCCUUGGAUUCUGGUGGCUACCCAUUUGCGGACAUCAUCCUCCGAGGAAAAUCACAAGAUGAUACUAUUGGUGAAGCAAUUCCAUGCAGAUUCGAGGAAGGGUGCAUAGAGACUUACACUCAUGUACAUGGGCAUCGAAUCAUAUUGUCCUCUCGUUGUGAUUACUACCGAGGACUUUUUUGUUCAGGAAUGCGUGAAAGUUCAGCGAAGGCCAUUGAUAUAAACGUCUCUCAACAAUCUUUACGGACGCUAUCACUCUACUGGUAUACUGGAAAGCUCACAAGACUUACAGAGACAUCAGGGUGGUGUGCAUGGAACAAUCUAGAAGCAGAUAAGCAGAUCCGUUAUCUUCAAAAUCUAAUAGAACUUGCUCAAUUUUCCGGUCAACUGCUAAUGACUGUCUUGCAAGAACAGUGCAAUCUUCUGGUGUUGCAGCAUAUGGUGGGUUGUAACCAACACCUUGGACCUUCCGUUAUAACCCAUGCAGCAAUUUGUCAACAAUGGGAACUUGUCAAUAUGUGUGCUAACUCUAUGGCUUCGGCCUACCCUCACCUGCGUGACACUGGAGCAUUAGAACAUCUUGACGAAACCUUCAGAGAUCUGCUUCGGGCAGCACAUAUUCAAUUUAUGAGAGGUUUAGAUUAAUUCAAUGCUUGUCGAUUCUGCGUUUCAUUACUUUCAAGUAAAGUCUUUGGGAGGAAUUAUGUGUGAGCGGCAGUAUAUUCUAGGUUCACUUUAAGGGCAACUUUCAUGAUAGUUUUGUAAGUAAAAGCAUAGGUAUGAGUAAAGUUGGAUGUGCUCUUAAGAGGGCCAUGCAUGUGAGUCUUUCUACCAUACAGGAGACCAUGCAAUGACGUGAAUGUAAUGUAGCUUAAAACUCAUUAUUGAUGAAUUCCAAAGGGAACCUGAAGAUUUUUCGUCCAGUA